UAUAUAUAUAUAUAUACACGGAGUAUAUAAAAUUUUAGCAGGUAUCGAGAUCUCCGAUCUAAUAUUGGGUGUUCAAGUCGAGCUCAAUUCCACUAACUUGUUUAGUCUAUUUAGAGUUGACAAUUAAUGUUAAUUCAUCCCGUGGUUGGUGCACGCGUGUCGUGACGAAGAAUCUUAAGGGCGAAGAUAGCUCUUAUAUAUGUGCAUACGAGGCUCUGUAGACUGCAUAGAGAAGACAGUUAUAGAGAGAGAAAAAGAGAUAAGAGAUGGGAUCAAGUAACAGCAGAAAUCCAUUUCCGGCGACUGAUAUCAACGCCUUGCCGGAGAAUUGCAUAGCGAACGUGUUGUCUCUGACGAGUCCUGCGGAGACUUGCCGGCUUUCGUUGGUGUCUUCGACUUUCCGGUCCGCUGCGGAAUCUGACACGGUGUGGGAGAGAUUUAUACCUUCAGAUUAUCAGGACAUAAUUGCCGUAGAAGAGUCGUCUUCUCUGCCGGAUUUCAAAACCAAGAAAGAGCUUUUUCUCCACCUCUCCGAUCAUCCCUACAUCAUCGAUGAUGGGACCAAGAGUUUUUCAUUGGAUAAAUGGAGUGGGAAGAAAUGUUUCAUGUUAGCUGCUAGAUACCUCUCAAUUAUUUGGGGUGAUACACCUGAGUAUUGGACAUGGAUUUCUCUACCUGAGUCCAGAUUCACUGAGGUGGCAGAGCUUGUCGAUGUGUGUUGGCUUGAGAUUCGUGGGAAGAUAAGUACUCAGAUGCUAUCACCAGACACAACCUAUGCAGCCUACCUUGUGUUCAAGUGGGCGACAAGAGCGAUUGGAUUUGAGAACCAAGCCGGAGAGAGUUGGGUGCGACUCAGUGGGGGUGAAGGGGAAAAAAGGAGUUUUUAUCUGGAUCCUAGGGGAUUGCCGAGGCGUCGAACCCGUCGAACCUGCACUGAUCAAUAUCCGAAGGAGAGAGGAGAUAGGUGGUUGGAGAUAGAGCUGGGUGAGUAUCUCAACAAGAGUGGAGAAGAUGGGGAACUAGAAAUACAUUUGCAAAACUUGACCAGUCACUGGAAAAGUGGCCUCAUUGUUCAAGGAAUUGAAAUCAGGCCGAAGAAUAGUAAAUAAAUGAAAAUAUAUUUAUAAUCACUUUGAACUUGUCCAUGCUAUGUGGUAUAUUAUGAUGCGUUGGUAGUCAUCUUGUUCAGUCAUGAGGUUUGAAUAGUAUAAAAUUUGAAUGUUUGAGAUC